AUGAUUGAGGUUGUGGCAAACGAAUUAGUCUCCACACGUGGAUACUCCAAGAAUGAUAUGAAAAUCUGGCGCUUGCAUAAAAAUGUCGAUUGGGUUUGUGAGCUAGCGCGCCAUGCGGGUGGUGGUGAUUAUGGAGGAGCACGAAAAAGGACAUUCAAAAACAAUUUCGCG